UCUCAUCUAUGUUUACUUUGAAUUUCAGGGUUUAUCUCCUUUUGAUUACUUUCUCUGUUUUUCAUCUCAAAGUCUCGUUUUUUUAUGUAAUUCGAUGCGUCUAUGAGUUUCUCUUUUUCAGCGAUCUUCGUGCUCGGGUCACAAAUUUGAGAUAGCUGUAUAGUACAGUUUUUCUAAAUUAUUCAUCUUUUCCGAUUAAGCAUCUGAGUUUCGAUAAAAUCUAGACCUAGUGAUUAGUGAUGAUGGCAAAAUUUUCAGGAUUUUUGAGCUGUUUCUUAGUGAGGACCUGUUUUUGUUGUUUGAAACUUUCAUCUUCUUAUUGCGAUCAAGUUUGGAAUAACAUGAUAUUUUUCAACUCUUUAUUAUUCUGAUGAUAUUGCCUAACCAAAGUUUAUAUUUUUGCUGCAUAAUUUUCGUAUAGCGUGAGCCAUCAUGGGACCAGAAUCUAAAGGACGAGCAUGGUUUAGUAAAAUCUACAACAAGUUGGAAAAUUUGCUUGUUGAGGUUGACUCUUUCACUUCUCAGAGCACGCUUUGUUUGAAAUCAAGUGAACCUCCGAGAUUCGAAUAUGUUAGAGGUGAAUCAAAGGAAGUUGCAGAGGACCAUUCUUCUAAUGUACAAGGACGUCAUGAUCGUGUUGCUUCACCGCGAAGUGAAAGUCCUUCUGAUCCACCGUCACAUCAGAACUUUGACAUUCCAGGACAUGUUUUGGUUGAGAAACGAGUUCAAGGCGAUAUUUUGAAAGAGAAUGUAGUUCAAAGAGAUAGUUUUGAGGAUAAUUCAUCAGCUUCCUCUUCGUCUGAUGGAGAAAUAGAAUCUACAUCUCCACUGCAUGAAGAGUACUGUGAUGCUUAUAUGACAUCAACCACUACUCUUAGUGAUGAAGAACAAUUAGUUUCUGAUGAAGAGUCUCAGAUAUUUCCUGAUGGAGAAAGACUCUCUACAUCCCCAUUGCUUGAAGAGUAUCAUGAUGCUAAUCUGACAUCAGCCGCUAGUGUUGGUGAUGAAGAACCAAUAGUUACUGAUAAAGAGUCGCAUAUCACUAAAAGUCUUUCUAAUUCACCAAGUUGUAAUAGUCCUUCUGAUUCACCGCCAUGUCAGAACUUUGACAUUUUAGGACAUGUUCGGGUUGAGGAACGAGUUCAAGGUGACAUUUUAGUGGAGAAUAUAGCUCACGGAGAGAAUUCAUCAGCCUCCUCCUUGGAUGGUGAAGAAACACUCUCCACAUCUCCGUUGCUUGAAGAGCUUUGUGAUGCUAAUCUGACGUCAACCAGUACUCUUGGUGGUGAAGAACCAAUAGUUACCGAUGAUGAGUCUCAGAUCACUAACACUUUAACACCUCAGAAAUUUUCUGCUGAAAACUCUUCUGUCUUUCCAGGCGAGGAAAGUGUACAAGAAGUUAGAGUUGAAUCCUCCUUGUCUGACGAAGAAAUACUCUCUAAGUCUCCAUUGCUCGAAGAGCAUUGUGAUGCUAAUCUGACAUCAACCAGUACUCUUGGUGGUGAAGGACCAAUAGUUACCGAUGAUGAGUCUCUAAUCACUAACACUUUAACCCCUCAGAAAUUUUCUGAAGAAGAAAUACUCUCUAAGUCUCCAUUGCUCGAAGAGCAUUGUGAUGCUAAUCUGACAUCAGACACUACUCUUGGUGAUGAAAAACCAAUAAUUACGGAUGAUGAGUCUUGGAUCAGUAACAGUUUAACCUCUCAGAAAUCUUCUGCUGGAAACUCUUGGGUUUUUUCAGGCGAGGAUAGUGUAGAAGAAGUUAAAGUUAAAUCGUGCAGAGAUGUUGUUUCCACAGAAUCUCAAUCUACUCAAAGUUCUAUGGAAAGUUUUGGGACUGUAGUAAAAUGUAAUGAUGGCCCCGUUCUAGCUGCACUUGGGUGUUUUAGGGAUAAUGAUUCAAGUCUUAAUCCACUCGUCACCAAGGUUCCAGAUGAAAACAUGAGAUCCUCUAAUGCGGAUAAUCCAGAUGAUGUGAUUAAUAAUUGCAAAUCUGACGUUACUCCAUUGGAUACCAAGGACAUUGCAUUUCAAAAAGAACCCUCGUAUGUUAAUGACACAGUGCGUGUUAGGAUCAUGGCUGAACUGUGCGGCAUGGAAUCUCGAGAAGACCCCUUGUAUGUUGAGGACAGUGAGCUUUAUGCCAUUCAUCUUAGGACCAAGAAACUCAGAUCCUUCAAGAGAAAGGUCUUGGACGUUUUAACUUCAAAGAGAAGAAGAGAGAAGGAAUAUGAGCAGCUUCCGAUUUGGUACGGAGAUGCGGGAAUGGGUUCUGAUCUGGCCACUAAGGAAGAGUCUCAACAAGUGGAAGCCACAGACUCCAAAAGCUCACUUUUACUUGAAUCAGAAGAUUCCCAGUGGGAGCUAUUGUGAGAGUUUUGAUCAUUUCAUAUAGUAGUUAAAAUCCGGCCAGUGUUUUAUCUUGAGUGAGACUCCUGUUACUAUAUUUAAACAUAAAUGAGCUAAUCUGCUCUGAGAUUGAAGCUUUUUUGACAGUGAAUAAACCAAAAAAAUUAUCCUAUCUUUUCUUGCACUCAUAUCUGCUACAAAAUGAAACCCAUUGUUGAUAAAACUUAAGAAACUUGAGCUUAACACUCCCCAAGAAGGGAUCAGAAGAAAUUGCGGUGACUGCGAAGCAAAUAUGCAUAGAGAAUCUCAUUCCAUGUAUCAGGAACUCCUGGCAAACACCAGUGGAUGCAAUCUCCAUAGUUUUUCGGAUCAGCUCUCUGUUCCUUUGUCAAGAGCUUCCC